UCGUUCGCGGACCUCGACACACAGCUGAGGUCGAAGAGGGCAUCAAUCCCUCCCUGUUGCCUCUUGCUCUUUCUCUGUCCGUCUCUUCUCUUCACAGUGUCACUAUCUCCCUCGCUCACUAGCUCGUUUCGCACCAGAGCCCGCGGAGUUCCAAGUGUGCUGUUGGUUUUUUUUUUUGCUCGUUUUUUCUUCCUCUCCCCGUCUCGUCACCUGGACCAAACCCCAAACCCAUCGAGGACCAAACGUCAUGCGGUUCCAGUACAUCGUCGGGGCAUUCCUGCUGCUCUUCUGCUGUUUACAUGAUUACGUAGCGGAAGGUGCGACGAAUUGUCCCAGAAUAUGUCCGCCGAGCGGAGAACCGGUAUGUGGAAGCGACGAUGUCAUUUAUGCCUCCCAGUGCGACAUGCGGAAAAAAAUGUGCGGCAAAGGGGUGACCGUUUCCAAGGAGAAAUCAGCCUGUCUGAGGUCUUCCGGUAGCAAAUGCGAGCAUCGUUGUCCGGGCGAUUCGGACGCAGUUUGCGGCACCGACGGGCGUACCUACUUGAACAAGUGCAUGUUGCGGGUCGAGAUAUGCAGAGUUGGGAUCGAGCUUUCGCACUUGGGUCCAUGCAACAACAUCUCGGCACACAGGGAGAAUUGCCCAGUAUCCUGUGACCUGGCGCCACUGGACGGGCCGAUUUGCGGCAGCGAUGGAAACGUCUACAAGUCUACGUGCCAGAUGAAACUCCUCACCUGCGGACAAGGUGUCGUGCGAACGAACAAAAAACACUGUCAAACUACACGGCACUGUAGAGAAUCCUGCUGGAGAGGUGCCAAACCAGCUUGUGGAAGCGACGGAAUUCUCUACUCGAACACUUGCAAAAUGCGGGCGAAAAAUUGCGGCAAGCACGUGUUCGAGGUGCCAAUGUCAUUCUGUGUGUCUCGGGAACGGACAGCCGGUGGAAAUUUGCCCACAACGUGCCCGUUGGACUGCAAUAACGAACCGGAAACACCCGUCUGCGGAUCGGACGGAGGCAUAUAUCGGAAUGAAUGCGAGAUGCAGAUGCUGAAUUGCGGACAAUCUAGAAGAAAGGUGACCAAGGCUGACUUCGAGAAGUGUCGACCACGGUUAAACAAGUGUAUGAAACAACAGCAGAGGUGCGUCGAUGAGGAUGACCCAGUUUGCGGCAGUGACGCCAAUACAUAUCCAAACCAGUGUCGACUCAACGUCGCGAUUUGCCUGAAAGGAAUCCAGCUGGCUCACGUCGGACAGUGCACAGCCUUGAAGGAAGUGGAAAAUUGCCCGGAAGACUGCAGCGAAGUUGUAGAGGAGCCCGUUUGUGGAAGCGACGGCAAUGUUUAUAGAUCAACGUGCCAUUUGCGGCGAGACACUUGCGGUCAACGUGUCGUUCCAGUCCCUGCUCAACACUGCCCCACAACGGCGCUGUGCAAUCAAGUUUGCGAAGGAGACCGGCAAUUCGUGUGCGGCUCGGACAACAAGCUUUACAGGAACGAGUGUGAGAUGAAACGGGAUAAUUGCGGGAAGCACGUCUACGUCGUGCCGAUGAAACGGUGCCUUCAAGGAUUUUCUUUUCGUGGAUGCCAAAAAAUCUGCCCCCCUUACUACGAUCCUGUCUGCGGCACUGACGGCAUGACCUACAGCAACGAGUGCUUCCUAGAGAUUGAAAAUUGCCGCAGUCGAAGUCUCGUCACGAAAAAGUACCACGGUGUAUGCGGCCAGCCCACCGAGGAGCCAAAAAAUUAUCUGUACUAGGACUUACACUUGAGGAGCCCGUGAGAGGAACUCGAACGCGAUUCGCCGUUAGAUGGGAUGAAUUUCUACAUGCCGAUAUAACCGCGAAUUAUCAAUCUGCGCAACGCGCAUAGAAUGCAAACUGUGUUUUCUGCCGGAUGUAUUCGUAACGUCGUAAGAUAAUUAAGUGAUAUUGGAUGUGUUACUGGAAUCAGGGGACAGAACCAUCGCGCUUGCCUGUCGAAUAAUCAACACCAUUCUUGUCGGUGUAUUAAAUAUGUUUUUAGUAAGUUCAAUUGUUAUAUGUGGAUACGACAGGUUUCCCGCAGGAGUGAUUACUAUAUGACACGUGGGUAAGCGUAUGCCGACAAUUGAGGAAAGAUAAUGAAAUUUACGAGUUUAUCAAAUCUUUUCGGCGCAGUUAGCAUAUCUUUAAUCAAUGCUGGCUGGUUGAACUUUCUUUUUUUAUAUCGACAAUUAAUUUUCGAAUAUUUCGCUUAUUUCAAUCUGCUAGAGCACUUCGGGACCGUUCAGAAAUACCUGAUAAAUGUGUUGAUUUUGCGAAAUUGUUGAAAAUUGAGAUAAGUUUACAUUGGAGCUAAUAUUUUUCCUUAAAGCUUCAAUUCGAUAGAAAAUCAGCUCAGGCAUUAUGCUUGGAAAAAUAUAAGAAAGCGCACGAAACUCAUAUUUUUAUAACGCAUUAUACACCCCUGUACUAAUUAUACUUUCAAACGCUUUCACCCACGGCAACGCGACGUGCCAAGAAUGAGCGUAAAUCCCAUCAAAUAGUAGAGGGUAUACCUAUAAAGCGUCGAUUCAUUACACAUAGGUAGGUAUACACCAAUGUAUACACAUAUCAAAGGUAAAUGAUAUUUUUCGUAAAUAUAUUAGCACGACUCUAUUGUUAUUUAUUGUAGUAUAAAUAAGGUACUGAAUACUAGGACAUAAACCAUUAUAAGUUUAUAAUAUCAAAUAAUCCCUAUACUAUUUUUGAUAUCAUCAUAUAUUCGCGCCCUACUAUCAUGUAAUGUUAUAAUAUACUAUAUAAUACUGAAAGUAAGGCAGAACGUUGAUUAAAAUUCUUCUGAUCGUUAAUAUACAUUAUACUAUACCAUAUUAUGUGAUGUGUGUUAUAUUAUAUGGUUUUUUUUUCUAUUUAUUAUUGAAUACGUGAGAACUCUUAUUGUAUCAAGAUUAUAAUAUUGAGGACAGUUAUAAUUUACAAUAAAUACAUUGUAGCAUAAUCUUACAAUUCACUCAAUUAAAU